CUCUAGUUAUAUAUAUUUUGGAUUGCGGAAUCGUCUGAGUUUUUGUGUUUCCUUUCAAUUCAUAGGAAUAAAACACUCAUCUGCAAAGCUGCUGAGCCCAUUUGUUUAGAUCUCUGCUGAAACUCCUAUAUGAGCAAGAGACCUCAGGCAAUCAUCCUCCACGCUGUCACAAUAUUUCAGAGCCAAGGUAUUAUUGAAUUUUCUGUGGGGAAAUUUAGAUACUUCAAGCUCAACAGGCCCUUUCCAGAGGAAGCUAUUUUGCGUAAUAUUUCCAGCAAUGUGACUUUUCUUGUUUUCCAAAUACACUCACAGUAUCAGAAUACAACACUUUCUUUUUCUAAGACUCUCCUUCCCAGUACCUCGGGAACAGGCACUGACAAAGGACUAGUUUUCAUUCUUAGACCAGAGCAGAGUAUGUGCUCUUGGUAUUUGGAGACUUCAGAUGCUGAACCUGUCCAAAGUGUGGCCAUUCCACUCUCCUAUUCAGAAAGAGAUCCUAUCCCUGGAGGCUGUAAUUUGGAGUUUGACCUAGAUAUUGACCCCAACAUUUACUUGGAGUAUGAUUUCUUUGCAACAACUAUCAAAUUUGCCCCAGCAAACCUAGGCUAUGCAAGAGGCACAGAUUCUCCACCAUGUGACACAAAGACGGGACAGGACUCUAGGUGGAGGUUGCAGUACGAUGUCUAUCAGUAUUUUCUGCCCGAGAAUGACCUCACUCAAGAGGGGUUGCUGAAGCAUCUGCAGAGGAUGGCCGAAGUGCCUCAGGUGACAGCCAGUGCUAUUAAGGUGGUUACCCUAACAGCUAAUGAUAAGACAAGUGUUUCCUUCUCCUCCCUCCGGGGACAAGGUGUCAUUUAUAAUGUCAUUGUGUGGGACCCACUUCUUAAUACGUCUGCCGCUUACGUUCCUGUUCACACAUAUGGUUGCAGCUUUGAUGCAACACAGGGUAAUUGUUCUUCUCUUGGAAGAGUAUCUACCAAAGUAUUUUUCACUCUUUUUGCCCUGCUUGGUCUCUUCAUUUGUUUCUUCGGACACAGAUUCUGGAAAACAGAAUUAUUCUUCAUAGGCUUUAUCUUCGUGGGAUUCUUCUUUUAUAUACUGAUUACAAGACUGACACCUGUUAAGUAUGAUGUUCGUCUGAUUCUGACAGCCAUUGCUGGAAGCGUUGGUGGGAUUUUCUUGGUAGCUGCUUGGUGGCGAUUUGGCAUCCUCACACUCUGCAUGCUGUGUGUUGGCCUAGUGCUGGGAUUCCUCAUCUCAUCAGUGACUUUCUUCACUCCCCUGGGAAACCUAACAAUAUUUAGUAAUGAUGCUGUAUUCUGGGUGACCUUCUCUUGUAUAGCUGUUCUCAUUCCAGUAAUUUUCAUGGGCUGCCUAAGAAUACUGAACAUACUGACUUGUGGACUCAUUGGCUCCUAUUUGGUGGUCUUGGCCAUCGACAGUUACAUGUAUACAAGUCUUUCUUACAUCACUUUGAAUGUACUCAAGAGAGCACUCAACGUUCACUUCCGCAGCGCUUUCACAAAUGUGCCUUUUCAAACCAAUGACUUCAUUAUCCUGGCAGUAUGGGGGAUGCUGGCUGUUAGUGGAAUUACAUUACAGAUUCGAAGAGAAAGAGGGCGACCGUAUUUUCCUCCCCACCCAUACAAGUUAUGGAAACGAGAGAGGGAACGCAGAGUAACCAACAUUCUGGAUCCCAGCUACCACAUCCCUCCAUUGAGAGAGAGGCUGUAUGGCCGAUUAACCCAGAUCAGAGAGCUCUUCCGGAAGGAACAGCCAGCUGGAGAGAGAACACCCCUGCUUCUGUAGACACUGAAGGGCUUGGUCAGUGUGAUCACUGCCUCGGCUUUGGUGUUUUUGCCCAGCCUGCUUCAGUAAUCUCCAGUGCAAGUCUAAGAAGAAAACAGGUUCUUUGUGUGUGGUGCCCUUACUGAUACAUGGUAAAGAUGCCAAGGAGAUUACAGUAAUUCUGAGUGAUGAAAAAGAUGAUCAGAAAAUUGGUGGUAGGGAUGCUUUUCCUUAUUUCAAAAUACUUGAGAAAUUACCUUUUGGUUUACAUGAUCAACUUGUUCCAUUACAUAGAUGCAGACACACACAAAAAUUUAAAAACAGCGAUUCUCAUGUAAAGUCCUAGUGUUUCUUUUUAUAACUCCUUGCACAAGUCUCUCACCUUAGUCUGUCUCAACUUGGACGAGUAUGGAGGGUGGUUUGAUAUUGAGAGGUUUAGGGAUUUAAUACUGGGUCUUUGAGCAUCAGAGUACAAAAGAACUACUUAAAAGCAGUCUUAUUACUUAGUUGCUUCUUUCAUAGUAUCAGUAACAAAAGGUGCCCUUCUUUUUGUGAUAAAACACAUUUACCAUAUCAAUAAUUUUAAGUGUAUAGUUCAGUAGAUACUCUUUGUUUUUGUUUUUUAUUGCUUAAAGUGGUCAUUUAAAUAGCUAAAUUAUUUCAAUUAUUUGAAAAUACAUCAAAUUUAUAUAGAUAACAGAACUUUUAUAUGAUGAUUUAUUUAUAUUCCAAAUAAUGGCCUGUGUUUUGUUUUGUUUUCUUUUAAGGCCCUUUAAAAUAGUGUUGAUAGCUGAUCUCUAAUUUAAACUGUAUUAGGUGACUUAUGAAUUGUUUUGUUUUUAGGGUACAAAUGGCUCCUACUUUAAUCUAUAAUCCCCUUAAUAAGGAAACCUUUAAAAAAUUUGCAUUCUGUAGUCCAUUCUACUAAAUUAGUUGUUAGCAUUGAUGUAAAAUAAAAUUUCAAAAAAUUUCUAUAUGAAGCCUUUGUUUUAAAGUGAUGUAGUCAAAGGAUUCGGGUGUUUUAUGGAGCUGCUUUUUUAAUUAGGACCUUAGCAUUUGUAAGGAGAGUCCCUUCAGUUUUUGACCCUUUUUUUUUUCACCUUAAGAAAGUACCUGGAUGCCCUGGGCUGCAUACCUGCUCCUGAUGGCUUGUCUCUUUACUCAGAGCCUCUGCCACCGGCUCUGCCUUGGACUUUAAGCUGGUGCCUCUGACAGGCCUGAUUGACAGGGUGGUUGUGGUGGUUUUAUGCACAUUUGUGAGUUAACCACUAUUUGAAAUGAUGCUGCUUUAAAGAGUUUUUUCCAAAGUACAGUAGAUCUUUCAAGUUUCAGCUGGCUGGAAGACUUUCAACUUUUGCUUUUGAAAUUUUUGGGAAGGGUUUAUUCUGUAAUCCACACUAUUUAUAUAACUGCAGUAGCACUUAAACUUGAAGGGAAAAAAUUUUUUUUUAU